UUACCGAGAAGGAGGUCCAGCAGUGGUAUAAAGGCUUCAUCAAGGAUUGCCCCAGUGGGCAGCUAGACGCAGCAGGCUUCCAGAAGAUCUACAAGCAGUUCUUCCCUUUUGGGGACCCCACCAAGUUUGCCACGUUUGUUUUCAACGUCUUCGACGAGAACAAGGACGGGCGAAUCGAGUUCUCUGAGUUUAUCCAGGCACUGUCAGUGACCUCCAGAGGGACCCUGGAUGAGAAGCUGCGGUGGGCCUUCAAGCUCUAUGACUUGGACAACGACGGCUACAUCACCCGGAACGAGAUGCUGGACAUCGUGGACGCCAUUUACCAGAUGGUGGGGAACACAGUGGAGCUCCCCGAGGAGGAGAACACGCCUGAGAAGAGGGUGGACCGGAUCUUUGCCAUGAUGGACAAGAAUGCCGAUGGGAAGCUGACGCUGCAGGAGUUCCAGGAGGGGUCCAAGGCAGACCCCUCCAUCGUGCAGGCGCUGUCCCUCUAUGACGGGCUGGUAUAGUCCAGGGCCCAGAGCUGUGAUGCCUGGGGACCGCCUGCCUCCUCCUGUGCCAUGAGGCCACCUCAGCCCUGCCCACCCUCGUGUCCACCCAGCCCUCCUCUGCUUCCACACACAGCCGGCUGCCCUUGAACCCAGGGCCCGGCUCUCCUCCCCUGGCCCUGCACCCACCUGCCGCCUGAAGCCACCGGCUCCAAUUGCCAACAACCUCUGCUUGUCCGGAACGCGGCAAACGAAACGGAAAAGGCUCUUGCCCGCCACGCCACUGAGGACUCGGCUGCUUCGCAGCCUCUGGGUUCCUCCUGCUCCUUGCGCGUGUGCUUUUGGUUUUUAUUUCAAACAGACAUUUUAAAAGAAACAAAACAAAACAGAACACUACCUUCUGUCCUAGAAGGUACGGACUGACAGAUGGGAGAAGGCUCGGGGACCUCGGAGAACUCUGCCCCAGCCUGGUCCCUGCAGCGGGAGAGGCCAUGGUGGACCAGGGCUGCCCGGUCGGGGGCCACCUGCCUACCAUCCUGGCCCCACCCUUUAGCAGCAAAGCCACCCGGGUGGCUAGGAUGGUCCGUGAAGAGGAGGAGGAAGAGGGAGUUUUUGUGAUAACAGUGUUGUGCUUUUUGUGGGGAAAGUGAGUUUUUUUUAUAUAUAUACACAUAUAUAAUUGGUACCUUUUAUUUAUUGGUUGUUAACCAUUGCUGCUGCCUUGUGUGUCCAAAGCUCCCAGGGAUGCCGGGCCUACCCUCACAUGUGCACGUCCUCACCCACCUGCCCACCGGCUCGGAGGAUGGGGGCCUGCAGCAGCCAAGAAGCCAAAAACUAUUUUUUUUUCUUCAGAUACUGUGCUUGGUGUUGGCAGAGGAGAAGGCGGGCGUUUCUACAUGGCAACUGCCCUGUUCCCGCCAGCCUCCGGCCCUCUCCGUUUCUGUCUCCCUGCCACUGUUCCACCUCUGCCCCACCCUCUUCCUCUGGGCCUGGGUCAUUCGUUCCAAGGGGCAUUUUUGGCUUUCAGUAUGUGCUUUGGUGUUUGCAGCAGCGUGGAGCAUGGCAAGCCUUGUCCUGGACCAGGACGCAGGAGGGGGAGGAGGUCUGGCGGAGAGGAGGGAGGGCUGGUGUCUGCACAGGUUGGCACAGGGGACGCCCACACCUCCUUGGUGGGGGGGCUCGGUGACAGCCCGCAGGGAGCUCUUCGCACCCUGUCUCCCCGCCUUAGCGUUUCCCAGCGGGAGGCACGUGUUCUUUCCUGUCCCUCCCUUAGUUCCCAUGCUGGGAAAGAAGGGGAGGAGGGGCCCUCCCCCACAACCCCAUUGGGCGGUCCCUGCCCCAGCAC